AUGUCACAGAUUUGUGCUCAACCAUGGGACGCCAACCCAAGGCGUCCUCCCCCGGUUAAGGCAGUGCUGACUGCAGUACCUCCCGCGGACCCUAUCUCAGAACCGGGUCUGACUCGGGCUAGAGCGCAGAGGAGUUAUUUAAACGAACCGCCAUCGAGCCGCGUGGUCGCAUUUCUAGUUCUUUUGUACAGUGAACAUGUUGUCCGAGGACAUAAUGAAGCUGCUGGCGGUCGUCGUGUCCGGGGGAGGAGUGUUACGAUCCCACAGCAAACCAUCAGCGCGCUGCUUCACGUAUUGGUGCUGAUAUCGGAAAUGGUGGGGAACUUCGCCACCCUGUUGCUGGUCAAUACAUAGUCCUAGUCUUAACGUAUAGUUUUUAAAUCAAUUCGCCUGGACGAGUGAAGAAACCCACGGCCUCUCCGUGUCUUGAGCAGAGACCGGAGCUCCCGCGCGUCCCGGCGUGGUGCUCGUGGCCCGGCCUCACUCCUGGGGUCGAAGUUUUGAAUACUAAUUGGGAUGGAAGCCGAGAUAAUUCAAGGUUGUCGCCAUGUCUGACAGCGGAUGGUUUUAGUUAUAUUAGAUUUGGUUAGAUUCGUUUACAAUGAAUAUUCUACUUUGUCGUAGUAUAAAAUGUAAUUAAUUGCGGAAGCGCUGCCAUUGUUCGUACUGUUAAUGUUUAUUAAUAAGGAUUUACAUUUUAUGUUGUCAU